CCUGCCUCCACCUUGACGCAUCUCUGACGGUCAGUCGGCAUGACAACGCGCUCUCGAGGGCAAACGGGGAACGGCUGAUCUGGAGGAUGGCAGCAGAAGAUGCCCAGUAACGGGAACAGCGGCGGGAAUCGAGCGGACAGGGGCUCCGGGACCAGCCCGGUCCAUGUCCCGGCCAUGGAGCGAGCCCGACCGGCUACGGUGACGGUGUCCGCGGUGAGCCUCGCGCUCAGCGUGCUGUCGCUGCUGCUGCUCGUCACCGCCAUCUCCACCGACCACUGGUACGAGACGGACACGCGCAGGCACAAGGAGAACUGCGACCGGCACGGCUCCGACUCCAACGACCAGAAGAACCGCGAGAUGCCCAUCUACCACCUACCGCUGGUGGACAGCGGGCCCCGGCACCGGGACGUGGCGCUCAUGAAGCCCGUGCAUGUGGGCAGCAGGGAGGAGGAGCUGCUGGAGAACUGGCGGGCCAUCCUGGGGAUGGGCAUCCUGGAGACGGAGUGCGGCAGGCCGCUGUUCUCCACCCACUCCGGCCUGUGGAGGAAGUGCUACUUCAAGGGGCUGGACCCGGACAUCGACAAGCUCAUCGACCGGGGCAUUGCAGAUCGCUGCACCGCCGUCAAGUAUCACUUUUCUCAGCCAAUCAGACUGAGGAACAUCCCCUUGAACCUGACCAGGACCAUCCAGCAGGACGAGUGGCACCUGCUGCACCUGCGGCGCAUCACGGCAGGCUUCCUGGGCAUGGCGGCGGCCGUCCUGCUGUGCGGGAGCAUUGUGGCGUCGGUGGGCUUCUUCUGGGAGGAGAGCCUGACGCAGCACGUCUCUGGGCUGCUCUUCCUCAUGGCAGGGAUCUUCUGCACCAUCUCCCUGUGCACGUAUGCAGCCAGCGUGACCUACGACCUCUCCAGAAACCCGCCCUUCAUCUACGGCCUGCCGGCUGACGUGGAUCACGGUUAUGGCUGGUCCAUCUGCUGCGCCUGGGCCAGUCUGGGUCUCACUGUAGCGUCUGGCUGCCUCGGCACCACCUUCCCCUUCCUGAGCCGGGCCGGAGCACUGCGGUCCAAAACCGCCCAUGAGUCCUCCGUCUGAGGCGAGGAAGAGGAUGAUUCUCGGACGACAAAAGGUGUAUUUUUGGCCGGUUCCGUAAUAGGAGGGGCCUCGGACUGCAGACGGAGCUGCGCACCUGUUCGUGCUCCUGAUUUGGACCCAGCUCAGGUCACCUCAGCGUGCACUCUGAGCCUCGCCUGGUUCCUGUGAUCCAUCUCUGCAGCGGUGUGGCCAAAGGUACCAUCAGUGAUCAAGUUAAUAAAAGAUAAAUUAGCUGUUGGUCAAUCAGGUGAGUCAUCUGUACUUACCUGACAUCAAACAUGUAAAGCCCAGUUGAGAGUCAGACAGGUGGCCAGGUCUCAGCAGCCGUCUGUCAGUCAGCUCUGACUCACCGUUUUCUUUCUGCUGUCCCAUCGUCCAAUCAGAAGCUUCAUCGGUGUGAAGGUCACCUGAACUGAGGCAGGUCACAAAGCUGCUGCAGCUGGGUCCCCAUCAGGAGCAAUAACAGGAAACACACACACACACACACACACAGGUGUGCGCUGGGAUCCAAACCUGCUGCAGGUGUGAUCUUCAUGGAGCCUUCCCAUGCGGAUGUUUCGGAGCGCUGUGCUCCGAUCAGUCAGUUGGGCGGAGCUUCAGGUGCACGCAAGCGCUCUGAGCUCAGGUGAGUGUUAUCCAGUCAUGCGGGGUUCACACGUUGCUUAGGCAUUUGAUGUUCGGGUGUGGCCUUCUUAGUGAUGACAGCCAAUUACAGACAAGCAAAGCUGAUUGUUCUUGUUCAGCUUGGAUCCACAAGCCAGUUCAAAACGUGAUAGGUGUGAAUCCCGCCUGAUGGAUCAGAGUCUGAGCUGCAGAGCGUCACGUGACCAGGUGGCGUGCUGCAGGUUUGGAUGGCGGCGGCCGCUCACAGAUGUGUAUAUAAAUGUGCUUUCAGCUGCGAGCUGAGCCACAGACUGAACCCUUUACUCUGCGACGCUGAGCAGGUGCUGCUCGCUGACUUCAGGCUUCCCGCAGGAGGGAACGCACUGACAGAUGAUCCAGGUAUCAGUGCUGCCGCUCUGUUAUCAAACAAAGGAGUUGACCUUUAAUCUCUGACACCGACUCCUCUGUAAACAGGGUAUGACACCAUUUAUGUUUAAGCUUUUUCAGGUAUCAGCCUCUGAGACUCUGCAUCAGCCUAUCGGAAGCCCCGAUGCCUUCUCGUGACCCCCCUGUACGAGCAGAAUCGGACGUUUGAAGUUCAGGUUCUGAGCUUUCAAAAACAUCUGGAAUUACAAACAUUCAUCCACCAGCUGCAGACACCAAACUGAGAAUGUCCACAGCAUCCUUCCCAUCAUCAGGAGGAGGGCUGAUGAUCAGCGUGAGGAGGAGUAUCAGGGGGACGGACCCAUCGAGGUCUUUAGGCUCCUGAGGGAGAAUGACGGUGGAUGAAAUGUUUGUGUGCGGCUCAAAGUCAGAACUUUAUUUAAUUUCAAGCCGACACGCAGAGUGAAACGGUGACUCACCAUCACUAUCGACCUUUAACCUGUAGAUUCCACACUGAAAGCUCCCAUGUUCCUCCUGAUACCCCAUCAUAGCUCCACUGUCCCCUCAUGGAACCUUUGCUGCCCCCUGCUGGACACAGCUGUAAAUACAUGGUGUAAACAUGAUGGGACUCGUCACCUGUAGCUGCUCCUGUGGAAGAUCUGUCAGCAUUUGUUGGAUGUAUUUAUAUCUGAGAAUUAAAUAUUUGUUAAAUGUG